CCGCACUGCUUCAUCUUCUCUGAGAGGCUCCGUGCCUAUGUUGUCAGCAUAGUAUGACCCGAUUGUUCUGGAACUUUGUUUGUCAUCCGGAUACCAAACAGGCACUUCCAACAGCAACUUCAGUUCCCUCCCCUGCAGUAACAGUUCACCAACAUGUAUACCUGGUACCCUAGCAAGUCCCAUGUUUUUCCUUCGCUUGUAGUGCAAAUGGUGCAAGGCAUUCUCUCGAAGGAAAGAAAAGUGCACAGAAUCACGGUUAUAAAUUUGUAAUGAUUUAUAUACUCUUCUUGUUCUUGAGGUUUGAAAGGAGACACAGAAUUAUAUUUGUGUGUUCACUCUCCUGAAUCAUUUUUCUCGAGGGAAAUGAACUCCCAUCACAGCAACAUAACAUAUCAAAUUUGAUCAGCUGUAUUAAGAAAAUAUACAGGAGCAAACUUGAUAUUUUAUAGGUGUGGCAGAAUCAGAAUAAUGAUGCCCUUCAUGUUUUCUGCCCAGUAAGAGAGCAGACAUCCCAGUCUGCACCGUUGUCCUCCCUCAACCUUGAGGGCGUCUUCAAAGUGCCCAGAUUUUCUCCACAAGGAAUAUUUUUGGAGUAAAAGUAACUGUAAAUGCACCCAGCGAGACCGUGAGAUCAGAGUUCUUGCAAGAGGGCUCAAAAUUCUAUUCUGUUAGGCGAUGAUGCAAACUCCAUCCACACAUUCCUUGGUGACAAUUCUACCAAAACUGGACACUCGACAAUGCUGGGUUGGUCUCAAUGCCGUGUGCCUUAUUUCCAUACUCAUGACCAUGAUUCGGAUUGAGAUUGGUCGAGUGCUUUACAAACUUUUGUAGAAGAUACACUUGGGUUAUCUUAGAGGUUACCACCGUUGGUCCACCCAGAGUAGCAUCACAUAAUUCCCAGUAUUUUUUCCCAAUGUGGAAAAGUAAUUUAUAAGUAGCAAGCCAUGGUUUUAUGCUUUUAUCCUAAAUUAAUCCAAAUGCCUACUUAGUUAGGGCGGGGAGAAGCACUGCCUUUAGUCUUGAAAAAGUUUACUUGCCUGUCACAUACGUUUUCAUAAAUGGAUGAUUUGGUGGCAUCAGCUCCACAAGUUACACUGGUAUUUUUCUCUCAACGGUGAGUGGUGACUGAUGAAGUCUUCGGAGACCGCUCAGAAUGGGGACUACUAGGACUAUUAGCAGUAGACACACGGUAGUUCUUUCUUCCCUUUAUACUUGUGGCAAAUCCUUCCAAGUCAAUAAGACUUCAUGGUUUGGCAGAAGAAAAGUCUAUGCUCCGGUGGAGGGAUUCUCUGUUUUAAAAGGGCUGCACCCGUUCAUGUACAGAAGAUGGUGGCUUCUAAUUUGGCUUGAUGAACUGGUGGCGUUGGAAUUGACAAGCUGCAGCUUUUGGCACAGAGCAGCUGUUUGUUUAUCUCACCAUUUACGAUGGCUGAUGAUACCAAGUUCCUCCGUUUGUUUCUCCUCUUGAGCAGCUCAUUGUUGUGUUUUGGUUCUGAACAUGAUAUCCAGUGCCUCAAGUCCGUACAACAAUCAGUGAUUGAUCCCAACGGUGUACUCAAACCCUCUUGGAACUUUGAAAAUGCCACCAGCGGUUUCAUAUGCCGCUUUACUGGUGUGGAAUGCUGGCAGCCCGACGAGAACAGGGUUCUCUCUCUGCGCCUCGGCAACCUUGGACUUGAAGGCUCAUUUCCUAAAGGUCUUCAAAAUUGUUCAAGCAUGACGGGCCUGGACCUGUCGAAUAACAAUUUUUCAGGACAGAUCCCUUCUGACAUUUUACAGCAGGUGCAGCAGCUGACAUUUCUGGAUCUUUCGUACAAUAGCUUUUCGGGAUCAAUCCCAGAGAGCAUGUCAAAUAUGACAUAUCUGAAUCUCCUCAACCUUGAGCAUAACCAACUCAGCGGUCAAAUUCCACCGCAAUUCGAUUUGCUUACUCGGUUAACUACGUUCAAUGUUGCGGAGAACUUGUUAUCAGGGCCUGUUCCUACUUCACUACAGAAGUUUUCGGCUUCGAACUUUGCUGGUAACCAAGGACUUUGUGAUGCACCUUUAGAUGAGUGCUCCGCUUCGCUGGCCUUCACCAUUAGACCAGUACAAAUCCGUCUGCAGAGGCUCAGCGACCAGUCGAACAUCAGAGCAGCCGUUGGAUUCAUCGUGUGGUUCGUGGUGGCCUUCUACUUCCCGCAGUGAUUUGUCUGCUCCGAGAGGCCUACGUGAUUCAGAUAUGAUUCACUUGUUCUGAAUCUGCGUCUGGCAGAGCUUGUGGAGGCCAAAUGAGCACUUCCAACAGUAAUUUUAGUUUGUUCCCUGCAGUAACGAUUAUCUUAAUUCACCUGAUGUAUACCUGGCAACUUGCCAGUGCCGGUGCUUUGGUUUGCUUGUAAAUGGUAAAGCAUAUUUCAUUUCUUCCAGAAAGAGAAAGCAGCUCACUCAAAAAGGACUACUUCCAAUAGCACCUUCAGUUAUCACCCUGUCGAGUCCUGUAUUUUUUCUUUGCUUGUAAUGCAAAUGGUCCAAGACAUUCUCCUAAAGAAAAGAAUGAUGCAAGGAGUCACCAGUUAUGAACUUGUAAUGGUUUAUGCACUCUUUUCGAGGUUUCAAAAGAAAGAUAAAGAAAGAUAUUAUUGUUCACUCAUCCGAAUCAUUUUCCUGGGGGAGAUAAAGUCCCAUCGCAGCAGCAUAACGUAUCAAAUUGAUCAGCUAUAUUAAGAAAUAUACAUGAGCAAACCUGGUAUUUCAUAGGCGUGGAGAAUCAGAAUAAUUUCCCUUG